CUGCAAUUACCCUUCUUGAACACAACAAACUACCUUGACGAUGGACCCCCUGUCAGCCUUGAGUAUUGCAGCAUCAGUUGCUCAAUUCCUAGACUUCGGCACCAAGAUCAUCUGUCAUACGAAGGAAAUCGCGGACAAUGGUUCAUCCGUCACUGUCAAACAUAUCUCCGGGCUCAACAAUGAUCUCAUCGAAAUCAAUUCGUCGUUAAAACGGCAACUUCUGGCUGUAACGACACAAAAUCUACCGCUCACAAGAGAAGCACAGGCACUUCUCGAUCUCACAGACCAAUGCAAUGAAAUUGCUAAGGAAUUGGCCACCUGCUUGCAAAAGAUCACGAUCAAUAGCCACAAGACAGACAAAUGGACAAAUAUCAAGACUGCAUUGAGAACAAUGUGGAAGCAAGAGCGAAUCGACGAAUUGGCAAAGAAGCUUACCGACUAUCGAGGACAGCUCACUCUCCGAGUGUUAUUACUUCUUAAUUCUUACUAUGCAACGCAGAGUGAAAGGCUUGACCAACUAGCUGAAAGCAACAAAGAAAUUGUUGAGGUAGUAUCGAUCAAUCUUGGGUCUAUGAGCUCAAAGCUUGAAGCUCAUCAGAGAAACGAAAGUUUUCGAAGGGAACAAGCUAGUGCAGACGCUGAUAGAAAGCACUCUGAGAUAAUAACAGCGAUUCUGACGACUCGUGGCGGUGACUCCCGCGCCAUCACAGCAGACAAUGCUCCGAGACUCUCAACAAAUUUCUCGACGGACAAGAUCGUACACACAGCUACCACGUACAAACACGGUAUGACUAGCUACUCCGAAUCUUCAGCUCCAGAACUUCAAACGACCGAAUUCAAUGGGUUUUCGAGGCAGAUCUUAGAUGCUUUGCAUUUUCGCAGCAUCGCAGAUAGACGGGCUGCUAUUUCGCCAGCUCACAAAAAGACGUUCCAAUGGAUCUAUCAAGACUCUAUGCCUUCAGAGAAAGAGGCAGACAGCCUAGUCAGAUGGUUGAGGUCUGGCAAAGGAUGCUACUGGGUUAAUGGCAAAGCUGGCUCGGGGAAGUCUACAUUGAUGAAGUAUAUACGAGAAGACAUUAGGACCAUGCAGUCUCUAAGACAGUGGGCUGGAUCCUCGGAUCUUAUCGUUGGAUCUUUCUUCUUCUGGUACGCGGGAACCCCCAUUCAAAAGUCUCAGAUGGGUUUGCUUCGCUCUUUACUUCUCGAAGUACUUGGUCGCAGGGAAGAUCUUAUUCCGGUUUUAUUCCCCGAAGUCUGUCGUUCAAUCCUGACGAAGGAAACCUCUGGUUACAUCGAGUUGUCAUCUAGCGAGUUGAAGCGCGCUUUCUCGACAUUCAUCACCUCCGCAUCUCAAGGACUGAAGACAUGCUUCAUUAUUGAUGGGAUUGAUGAAUACGACGGAGACCACAAUGACAUCUGCGAUCUACUGUCUCAAGCCACGGCGUCGGAGUCUGUGAAAGUGCUAUUGUCGAGUCGACCUAUUCCCGCUUGCGUGCAAGCAUUCUCAAGCUGCCCCACCUUACGCUUGCAAGACCUGACUUAUUCGGAUGUCAAACUCUAUAUAGAAGAUCAACUAGGCCAAGAUCCACUGCUACAAAGACUAGAGCGAUCAACAAAAGGAGCGACCGAUCACUUGUUCAAGAGCAUCACAUCCAAAGCUGCAGGAGUCCUCCUCUGGGUCAUACUUGUUGUUAGGAGUAUUCGUGAAGGUCUGCAAGAUUACGAUACAAUCGAGGAUCUGCAGCAGAGGAUAGACGAACUUCCACCUACACUCGAGAGUCUUUAUGCUCACAUGUUAGGAUCCAUGAGCCCACGACAUCGACACCAAGGAUCCAAACUCCUUCAACUAGUUCUCCGCAGCUCAGAGACACACGGAGAGUAUCCAAUGACUGUACUACAGCUAUCUUUUGCCGAAGAAGAAAACUACGCAAAGUUGGUUAAGUCUCAAGUUGGCAGCAAGCUUUCACCGGAAGAGGAAGACUGGCGAUGUGAGGCUAUCGAAGGACGAAUGCGGAGUCGAUGUCGUGGAUUGAUUGAGGUUCACGAUUCGCCACUCUCCUUUGGUGAAGGCAAGGGUGCAAAUAUCGUGGGCUUUCUUCACAGAACGGUAGUUGAGUUUCUGCAAACCGAUUUAGUGUGGGCUCAACUGAUCUCUCUGACUGCCGGGACAUCUUUUAAUGUCGAUCUCGCCCUCUUAGCUUCUUGUCUCUGCGAGAUGCGGGCUAAGCCACUUUCACGCACGCAACAGCAAACCUCACCCGCGAUUUAUAGCAUGCUGCGAAUGCUGUCUUAUGGGAGAAACAUGGAUGAUAUCACGAAUCAGUUCCACAGCAUAUACCUUCCUGAAGCGAGGAAUAUCCUUGGAAACUAUUGGCAUGACCCAGCGCUAUACGAAUCCGCUCAAGCAGAGAUGAAAUCCAUCACGGCUGCUACAAGUACACGUUGUUCUCAAUUGGGAUUAUCAUACCCAGAGUCUUUUCUCAUGUCUGUUGCGAGUCAUUGUCCUAGGCAACACUUGGUUCUGCUGUUCGACUUUUUCUAUCCCACAACUGAGGAAUUGGAUGGCCAAAACAGUAUCAAUUUGCUUGGUAUAUAUCUACUUCUUCAGUACAUGGAUCCAGAUGUCAUGCCAUUACGAUUGGCUAUCUCGCGUAAUAUAGUGGCCUGUCGUAUAGAACCACAAAAGUCUGUCUAUCACCCGCUUUCGGUAAGAAAACUCUGGAAUCAUCGCUGGAGAGAUCCGCCCAUGAUAGAUCAACGUACAUAUAUACGGGACUAUUUCCUUCAGUUUGCUUAUUCUAGGACGCAGGAUUCGGACUUGCAUGAUUCGAUCCUCAGCAUAAUAUCGAGCAGUCUUACUUCCGGUGGAAGCGCGUGGACGAUCAAUGUGGCCUCAGAUCUACACAGUGCAGGCUCCACUGGAUAUCUGGAAGUUUCAGCAUACAGUAUUCUCUACCCAUUGAUGAACAAGCUUUGGCAUGCAAGAAACGCAACAACAGUUCCCCCGAUAGACUUGGACAAUCUCGUCAACAAAGCUUGCUACAUUGAACGGAUAAUGCGUUCCGACGAUGCAAGAAUGUGGACUCAACUUCAUAAUCCAUUAUAUCCCCAGAGCCCCACGAAACCGAAAAAGCGAUCCAAAAGGACGCACAUCCCACAUCAGAGGUCAAGGACCAUCCCACCAACCGCUUUAAUUGACACUCCUAAAAUCAUCCCCCCAAACCCACGGGUUUAUUCCGCCCUACGACCCGAACCAUCCCCUUGGACUCAGUACAGACACCGAAAAGAACAAGCCGCUGAACUAGGACAGGAAGUACCAGAGCCAAUUGUACCGAAGACUGUGGUUGAAGGCCACCUCCAGAAGCGGUGGAAUAUCACAGCACGAGAUAGCCGGAUCCACUUGCUUGAUCCUCAGGAGCAAGAGUUAGCAGAGAAAAUGUCUCGCCCUUUGAGUGGAAAGGAGAAGUUGCAGGCUUUCAAAGAGAUGUCUCGCUUGCCGUAUCAGAGGCAAGAGCAGAUUCUUGAGUGUUCGAAGGUUCUACAACAAAAGCGGGAAGCAGAGGUGAGAGGGUGAACAUAAGCGAUGAGAUGUAGAUUGUUCAGAGAGAAAAGUUCGAUAUAUCAAGAGACCCUAGCAUGCAUUCUCUCCGAAUCAUAGUAUCAUUGGUCACUCGACUGGCAUGUCGUAUGCUUUAGCAUGAUGGAUAUUUUCAACACGUCAUUUGGUUGAUACAGG